AUGAAAGGAUCGUCCUCGUACAACAAUGGUGACAUCCUCGUCUGGGACGUUCUAGCGAACAAGAUCGUCUCCAAAGCCUCUCUCCCAGCGACCGUUGCAUCCCUUCAAUGGCUCACAGACUUUGCAUCAACGCAAAACACGUCGCAGUUCUUCGUUGCCGCGACGAGCUCUCAGAUCUUCUUGAUCAACUCAACAACUGGCGCUUUUGUCUGGAACUCGAAGCUCGAUCUUGGAAGAGACGAGAACAUCCUUCGCCUCGUCGUUGAUCUCCAAGAGCAAAGCAAGCUCUUUGUCCAAACCGACAAGGCGAUUUUGAAGAUCAUCGACUUUUCUAUCGAGAAAGAACCGGCGAAAAGUCCUCGUCGACUGUACCUCGAUUAUCCCCAGCGAAAGUUUGUCUUUUCCCGUGACCAUCUUCCCCAAUCAUCCGAUCUGGCCGACUUCUCGCAAAGUGUCGGCUUCGGACUUAUGCCGUCAAUGCCAACCAUGGCAUAUCUUGCGUUUCGUCGAGCGAUCGUCAUUUUUGACAUGGCAACGCUCGAUAUUUUCUCUCUCGUCGAGAUGGACAAGUCGACGUCGCCGAUAAUUUCUAUUUACGCGGCUAAGUACCGACCAGCUCUGUACGCUGCUCAUGAAAAUGCUUCCAUCUCCGUCAGGGCUUUUCAGAUCUCGGAAAAGAACAUCGACAAAGGGCUUAAGCUCCAGAACGCUUGCCAGUCUGAUGGUUUGCGCAUGACCGGCUGGUGCAAAUGCAGAGGAUUGAUCGUCGAUCCGAGAUCGGAGACGAAUAUAAGCUUGCUUCUGACUGAUUCGCGGGUCCUCAAAUUCAAGCUAGAAGUCUGCCAAGAGCGCGAAAACGAUGGCAAGUUCUUUGUCUUGAAGGAGAGCAACCAAUCGAAUGGAGAUUUCCUCGGCCGUCUUCUGGGUCCUACAGAGAUAACCGCUACUGAUAUGGAGCUCGGCAAAGUCGAGCAGAGAAACUUGACUCUCCGUCUUGCUGGGCAAAACGGUCAUUCCAUCGCUCCAAGAGAUACAAUAAUCUCUCUUGGUCCGCCCGUUUCGACGAAGAACUUUUUGAACUGGCGACCACGUGCUGCUAGGGGGAUGAAAAACGGAAACGUUCAAAUAAUCGACCUCUAUUCUGGCAAAUGCGAGCGAGAGCUCUCGGUCCACUCGACGCAGAUUAAAGGAAUGUGUUGGAUAGACGCAGAACACGUGAUCUCCUGGGCUUCGACGAGUGGAGCUGCGGAAACUACAGUUAACAAUGUCGUUACUCUGCUGAAUAUUUUCUCCGGUCGCACACGGGUUCUUCGGCGAAAGAAUAACGAGUCUGCGAUUGAAAAAAUCCUUCCCUCGCCUUCCUCCCGCCACUUACUCAUCUUCUUCAACUCUGAUUUCCUCGGCGAGGCAAAAGUCUACCAGCCACCAGAGUUCUACUGUCGAACAGGGAAGCUUCUCCGACGUUUUCCGAGCUUCAACUCGCCGUACAUGUACCAAGCGCCCUGCUGGUUGUCAAAAGAAGGGCCAGAAGAGAGAAUUAUGUUUUUCGACCUUGAAAACCGCAUCAGAAUUCUCAAUGUUCUCGAUACAAAGCUCCGCGAGGACAAAGAAAAUCGACUAAAAGCAGAGAUCGGCACUGUUUCUGCUGCUGCCUGGAAGAGUAAUUUGAUGCUCUUAGCGUACAAUGAUGGCUUUGUUUGUUGCAUCGAUACAAAGAGCAAAACGAGAGCGACGAAACCCCUCGAAUUGCGAAAACCAAAAGGGAUAAGCUUCGCUCCUGGAAGAGGAAAUACACUAGCGAUUAUUCAAGGCGAGAAGGAAAUCUCUGUCUGGGACAUUCAGGAGCUUUCUGAAGUCUCUCGCGCUAAGUUCAAAACUCUCGAGGCCAAAUCUGCCCAGUGGGUUUCAGGCGAUCAAAUCGCACUAGAAUGUCUCGAUGGAUCAAUCCGAAUCGUCAACGAAAACCUCCGCUUCGACAAGAUGAUGUAUCACCCUCGCUCUCAAAUCGCCAAAGAAAACGCCGAUGAGCUCUUCGAUCUUAAAGUGAUUCAAGGCUGCUUGGCAGCGAGUAAGGAGGGUGAUUUUGAUCUUGAUGAACUUGUAAGGAGCAUUGGCAAGACGGGAAGCCAGCGAGACUUUGAAUUCGUUCUUCAUUUGAGAGCGGUGAUGGAGGGCAAUCUUGAUUCGGAUAGCUGGCUCGCUGGAGGAACAGUCAAUGGAAGAGAAAGGAUCAAACUCAAUAUUGAAUCCAGACUUGCCCGGCUUUCAUGCCAAACUCCUGGCGAGCCACAACACCUUCGUCGCCUUACGCAGCUCCUCUCCAUCUUCAAUAAGCGCGACCAGGCGAUAGAAAAGCUCCUCUCAACUUCCGUCGACAAGCCGAAUUUUGAAGAAAACGGCCUUCGCGGGCUCGUCACGCUUUUAUGUUCAGAGGAAGGAAACGCCGAACUUGUGAAAAGCCACAUAAAAAUGAUGUCAGCUAGUCUAAUUGGCGCCGGGAAGAUCUUAGAUGGUGUUGAGCUUUUGAUGAUUUCGAGGUGUGUCAAAGAAGCAAUUGGGCAACUGCUGGACGCUGGGCACUUCAUCUUGGCGCGACAGAUUUUGUCAACCAUCGAAAACAACAACGACGAGGAGGAGCUGAAAGAAACAGCCGCAAAAGUUGAAGCAAAGUGGAUAUCUGAAGCGUUGAAGAACGGCCGCAGUUCGAUAGCUGUAGCAUUGAUGAUUGAGUCUUCUAAAUUUGAUGAGCUGUUUCAACUUUUUGCUGCGCAUAAUCAGAUUUUUCGAUGCUUGGUGCUUCACUGCCUGCAGCCGACGAUCAAGGCUGAAUCUUCUGUCUUUGAAAUCCUCAACUCCAAUCUUCUGGAAGUCUACGAAAAAUACGCGAUUCCUGUCGACCAGCGAAAAUUCCUUGCAAUAUAA